AGAAGAAGAAGAAGAAGAAGAUGAAACCAGUCAGGAAACCGAAGAGGAACAUGUUAGUGAGAAUACAGAUGAGGUUGAGGAAUCUGAUGCGGCCGAUGAAAGUGAUGAGGCUGAGGAAACUGAAGAUGGUGAGCAAACUUAUGAGGCUGACGAAACUGAUGAAGCUGAGGAGGAGGUUGUGAAUGUCGAAGCGGUUAGCAGUGAUGAAGACAUGGAAUUGGAUGUUCAUCACGAAAGUGUUGAACGGAACGAAGAGGCUAUUGAAGAGGUCAAAGCCCACAUUGGAGCUUCCGAAGUUUUUAGUGUGGAACCGGACAAGGAUGCGGUGGAUCUCACAGGUCAUAUGCCCACUGCUCAAUUGUCUGUCAAUGACGAG